GUAGUGGCUAAGUAUUCAUGUGUAUAAAUAUCAGAUAACUACAAAAAAGUUAUAAAAAAGGAACCACUUUCCAGUGUGAGAGCUUCAGAAAAAAGAUUUUUGGAAGGUUCCAAUAAGCUCACAAGGAUAUUCAUAAAAAUCUCGCACUGUGCAGGCGAAAGAAAUAUUGGAAAAGUGUAACAGAAAAUAGAAAUCUAACUUCAGUGUGAAAAACAUUUAAGUGAAAAAAGAUUCUAAUCCAAAAAGUGAUAACGUCAUUAAUUGUGAAAGUAAUACCGAGGAGAUGGCAGAUGAAGAAGUUCUAUUUGAUGAUGUUUACGAGCUCUGCGAGAUUAUUGGCAAAGGACCAUUCUCAAUCGUUCGCAGAUGCAUACAUCGGGAAUCAAAUCAACAAUUUGCUGUUAAAAUUGUCGACGUUGCCAAAUUUACCGCCAGCCCUGGUCUUAGCACAUCUGAUUUGAAACGAGAGGCAACAAUAUGUCACAUGCUGAAACAUCCACAUAUUGUAGAAUUGCUGGAAACUUACAGCUCAGAAGGCAUGCUGUAUAUGGUGUUUGAAUUCAUGGAAGGAUCAGAUCUGUGCUUUGAAGUUGUGCGAAGAGCUGUUGAUGGAUUUGUCUACAGCGAAGCUGUUGCAUGUCAUUAUAUGCGACAAAUACUGGAAGCACUGCGCUAUUGCCAUGAAAACGAUAUCAUUCAUCGAGACAUUCGACCAGCUUGUGCACUUUUAGCAACAAUAGACAAUUCAGCUCCAGUUAAAUUGGGUGGUUUCGGUGCAGCUAUUCAAUUACCAAAUGGAAGAGAUACACUCGAUGCGCAUGGCCGUGUUGGUUGUCCCCAUUAUAUGGCGCCAGAAGUUUUAACACGACGUCAAUAUGGGAAGGCGUGCGAUGUUUGGGGGGCUGGUGUAAUGCUCCACGUUUUGCUUUCUGGAAGAUUACCUUUCAACGGUUCCGGACGACGGCUGCAAGAAGCCAUUGCCCGAGGACGAGUCACGCUGGAGACGCCUGAGUGGAAAUCAAUAUCAUCAACUGCCAAAGAUUUAGUUUUGAAAAUGUUAUCGCCUAAUCCACAUCAUCGACCAUCGGUGUCGGAAAUUUUAGAUCAUCCAUGGAUGCGGGAUCGAGAAAAGCUACAGAGACAACAUUUAAAUGAUACUGUUGAAGAACUAAAGCGCUUUAACGCACGAAGAAAGUUGAAAGGUGCAGUACAAGCGAUAUCAAGCGGUGUUUCUUUAGAUCCUUUAUGUUGUAAUGACAUUGAUUCAGUUGCAAUUGGAACAGCCUCUGAGAGCUUAAACGAAUGGGCUGACGAAGACGCUGGAAUCGAAGCUGUUCAGAAGAUUCUCGAUACGCUUGACGAUAUUUCUGCACUACAAGAUACACAAAUCGAUCCUGAUGUUUUAAUUUCUAUGCUCAGAGACAACAGAUUACAUGUGAUGUUGCAGCUCUUUGAUAGGAUCAGUUCUCAAGUUAUGUCUCCAUCUCGAGCACCCCCAGGCGAUGCGAUAAAUCGAUGUCGAGACACUGUUGAUGCUAUUCAAGCAGCGACAAGUCAUAAAUACUCUCGAGAUAGAGCUGAACUUGUUCACCUUCUUGGAUCACCACACAUUCAGGCUCUGUUGCACACGCAUGACGUGGUCGCACGAGAAGUGUACGGAGAAGAAGCAUUACGCGUUACACCACCACCAAUUACACCCUAUCUUAACGGCGGUGAUGAAGUCGAUAACAUAACCGAUAAUGGAGGAGAACUUCAACACGUAACGCGAGUACGCCUCGUUCAAUUUCAAAAGAACACCGAUGAACCGAUGGGAAUCACAUUAAAAAUGACUGAAGAUGGCCGAUGUAUUGUCGCUCGAAUUAUGCACGGUGGUAUGAUUCAUCGACAGGCGACGUUACACGUUGGCGAUGAAAUUCGGGAAAUUAAUGGACAACCGGUACAGAACCAAACAGUUAGUCAAUUACAAAGAUUAUUGCGUGACGCUCGUGGUUCUAUAACGUUCAAAAUAGUUCCUUCAUACAGAAGCGCUCCGCCACCAUGCGAGCUUUUCAGGAUUAGACCGGCGCCAGUUUUAAUUUUCGUUCGCGCUCAAUUCGAUUAUGAUCCAUUGGACGAUGAACUAAUUCCGUGUGCACAGGCAGGAAUAGCUUUUCGCGUUGGUGAUAUUUUGCAGAUUAUCAGCAAAGACGAUCAUCAUUGGUGGCAAGCCAGACACGAUACAGCUGGCGGUUCAGCAGGGUUAAUUCCAUCUCCAGAACUUCAAGAAUGGCGCAUCGCUUGUCAGUCGGUUGAUAAAUCGAAAUCCGAACAAGGCGAUGCUGCUUCUGGUUGUUCAGCACAUGAAGAUGGAUGUGAUGGCUCAACAGUAAACUGUUCCAUCUUCAGUCGAAAGAAGAAGCAAUGUCGAGACAAAUAUUUAGCCAAACAUAAUGCUGUCUUUGAUCAACUUGAUUUAGUGACAUAUGAAGAGGUUGUUAAAGUACCAGUCGGUGACCCAACAUUUCAACGGCGAACUUUAGUGCUGCUUGGUGCACAUGGCGUAGGACGACGUCACAUCAAAAAUACUUUGAUUGCAAAAUAUCCCGACAAAUAUGCGUAUCCCAUUCCACACACAACGCGAGCUCAGCGUCCCGAUGAGGAAAACGGUCGAAGUUACUAUUUUGUAUCGCACGAUGAAAUGAUGGCUGAUAUUUCCGCAAACGAAUAUCUUGAAUAUGGCACGCAUGAAGAUGCCAUGUAUGGCACCAAACUCGAUACAAUCCGACGAAUACAUGCUGAUGGUAAAAUGGCAAUACUAGAUGUCGAACCACAAGCCUUAAAGAUUUUACGAACAGCUGAAUUCACGCCCUAUGUUGUGUUUAUUGCGGCUCCAUUGUUGCAGAAUAUUGCAGAUUACGAUGGAAGCCUUGAACGAUUGGCAAAAGAAUCAGACAUGCUACGUCAAGCGUAUGGCCAUUUCUUCGACUUAACAAUUGUUAACAACGAUAUUGGAGAAACGAUAGCAAAGCUUGAAAAUGCCAUUGAUACAGUUCAGUCAACGUCGCAAUGGGUUCCAGUUUCAUGGCUCUAUUGACAAGAUGAUGAGCUUGGGUGUGAUGUUUGUCUGAACGGAUGUGAGGAUUGUGAAUGUGAAUGCGAUUCGGAUGGGUUGAAAUAAAAAAUGUUAUCUUUAUACAUUAUUAUUUUAGUUACGAAUAUUUUCAUUGAAAAGAUGCCAAAAAAAGGAUCUAGAGAACAAAAGAAACAUUUUUGAUAAGAUUCUCUGAUAUAUAAUUUUCUACACUCAUAAUUCCUUUCAAUACUUCAAACAUUUUUUUCACAAUCAUUCUAAAUGAAUUUAUUAUUUCCAAAUCAAACGAAUUUCUUUUGUCUAAUCAAAUUAUGAAUUUAUUAUGUAUCAAAAAAAAAAGAAAAAAAGCAAAAAAAAAGUUAGAAUUUCUUUUACGUCCUUAAAAUCGCGUGCACAAUUGCACAAAACAAUAAAAGCAUUAUUGAAUAUAACAUUGCCAAAAUCUCACAUUUAGAAAUAUCUAGCUGCAUCAGAGAAAGAGAAAAAUAUCACACAUAUACACACACAUGCGUAGAACAUUUCAAGGAUUUUUCAAAACGUUUUAUUUCUCUAUAUAAAAACUUUAGAAUGAAGUUAAUUAUAAAAUCACCAUUUUUUCGUUUUGAUCAUCAAAGAUUUAAUUUACUGGUAAUGAGAACGAAACAACCUAAGGAGUAACUUAGGAUCCAAAUUUUCUAAAUGAGCUAUCAAACGAAUUUAAACAAGAAGAAGCAAAAUUUUUGAUGACGAACAAAAUAGAGAACGUGUUUAAAUAGGAAUGAAAAAUAAAAACAAGAGUCAAACCUUAUCUUCCAUUUGUGUUUCGAAAAGCACAAAAUAUUUUUGAAGUUAUAAAAUAAUUUUUGAAGUUUUUAAUUUUAAUUUAGCAAGAUUUCAAUUUGUGGCAAAAUUUUCUACUUUUUUUUUUGAUUCGAGGAAUGAAACGUUAUGAUCGAGAUAGCAUUACGUUUUCAUUUGUUAAAGGAAGUUGACGAAGAAAUCUCUUAAAAUUAGUUAGAAAUUUAAAAGAAAAAUGGUACGAAAUCAAAUAUUAAAAAGGGACAAGAAACAGAUGUAAUGAUGUAAGAGUUGAAAUUCAAGCAAAGUUUUGCUUAAAAAUAAAGAAAAACCUUUACGAGUAAAACACACAAAAUGUUAACAUAUAAAAAAUAUUAAAAUGAUUAAAAAAUAAUAAAAAAAAUCUCUUAAACGAAAAGAAUAAAAAUAAAUGGAAAAAUUCAAUCUUUCCAAAAUUCGAUGGAAAUUCUAAAUUAUUUCGAAAUCACUUUUAUAUGUUUUAAUAAUUUAAAUAUGUUAUUUAUAACUUUUUAAUUGGUAAAGGCUGAAUAACAAAACAAAAAAGUUUUAAACAAAAGAAAGUUCAGCAAAUCAGCUGUAAUUUUGAAUCACAACAUUUUUCUUAUCGCUCUUUGAUUAAUCCCCUAAUUCGUCUCUUCCAAGAAACCAAAACAUGAUGAAAAAGAACUAGUAUAUUUAUGACAUUUAAAAAAAAGAGAUAAAAUAUUGAAACAUAGAAACAUUAAUAAGGAAUGGCACGUUUUCGUUUGGCUGCAGAGAAAUGCAAACGUAGGUUUAGGCAUUGGGAACUUGUGGCAUUCCUUAUAUAUGAUUCUUAAAAAAUAUUGUUAAUUAGAUGAAUAAAAAGAAUUAGUGAAAAAUAAUUAAAAAACAUGAUUAUUUUUAACUCGACAACUUGAAAAUAAAUAAUUUUUUAAAACUCAUAAUAAAUAUAAAGAAAUGAAAUGAACCUGGAACUGUAGACACGUUAAGCAACACAGAAAAAUUAUUUCACAAUAAAAAUGAUGUUAAAUAUCUAAUCCCAAAUCAAUUUUUUCUCGUAAAUAAAAAGACAAAGAAAAAAAACGUUGUAGAGUUGUCGUGGGAUGGUGAAAUUCAUUGAAUUUAAAAUUUCAGCUCAAAACUUGUUCAGUAAAUAUCUUUUCGAAACGCCCCCAAAAUUGUGAAAUUUAUAACAUGGGAGAUCAAUACAUUUAGGUGAUUUUUACUGAGAAGGACCAGCAUUGAAGAUAAAGUUACAUUCAUUAAAGCAAGUCGAUCAAGACGAUUUAAGUAAAAGCAAGAAAAAUGAUUGAAUUAGAUAAAAAGAGAAAGAAAAAAGCAACAUGCAAUAAUUUUAAUUUAUGUUUUAUGUGCAAUUAUUCACAAAAAGUUAACGAUUUAUCAUCUAUUGACAUGAAGUUUGUCUAUUUGGUUUAAAACAUAAUUUUGACAUUUUAAUUUUGUUAUGUUAUUUAAAAAUGAAGAAAUCAUGUAUAAAUUACAAAAGUUUAAUUUUAGUAGAAUAAAGAAACCUGAAUGGGUCAAAAUUCAA